AUGGGUUCUUUAAAAUCAUUUAUCAAAGCUGUAAGAAAAGCCAAGACUAUUGCUGAUGAAAGGGCGGUUAUUCAAAAAGAAUCGGCUUCUAUAAGGACGUCUUUUAGGGAUCUUAGUCUUGACCAAACCACAAGGCGAAUUAAUAUAUCCAAGUUGUUGUACCUAUACAUUAUGGGAGAAAAAACCCAUUUUGGUCAAGUUGAAUGUCUUAAGCUUUUGGCGUCGCCAAGAUUUGCCGAUAAGAGAUUGGGGUAUCUUGCAUGCAUGUUGAUUUUAGAUGAGAACCAAGAAGUGCUUACCUUAUUGACAAACUCGUUGGAUAACGAUAUGCAACACCCGAAUUCGUAUAUCGUUGGGUUAGCACUUUGCUGUCUUGGAAACAUUGCCUCGCCAGAAUUGGCACGAGAUUUGUACACUAAUGUUGAAACAAUUAUGGAUACCAAAAACAAUUUUUUGAAGAAAAAAGCAUGCUUUGUUGCUGCGAAAUUAGUUGAAAAAGAACCUGAGUUGUCGGAAUUUUUUUUGCCCAGGGCAUUGGAUUUGAUCAAUGAAAAGAACUCUUCUGUCUUGUUGGGUACAUUGAGAUUGAUUGAAGCCUUGUGCAAAGUUUCCGAAGAGAACAAGGCUAGUUUGGUCAUCACUAUUCCCAAAAUUGUCAAUCACCUAAAGAGAAUCACAACCAGUGGAUACCAACCAGACUACGAUGUUAUGGGUACAACUGAUCCAUUUUUGCAGGUUAGCCUUUUGUCUACUAUUAGAACAUUGGCAGUGGGACAACAAUACACAGAAGAGGUAAAUGAUAUCCUUACACAAGUUGCAUCUAAUUUGGAUAGCGGGAAGAAUGCAGCGCACGCUAUUUUAUACGAAUGUGUCAAGACUAUAUUCGCUAUAGAUUCCGAUCAGUCUUUGAAGAUUUUAGGUGUUAACCUAUUGGGUAAAUUUUUAUCAACGAGGGAUAACAACACUAGAUAUGUAGCGUUGGAUACAUUGUUGAAAAUAGUCAAUAUUGAGCCCUUGGCAGUGCAAAGACACAGGACAAUCAUUGUAAACUGUUUGACUGAUGAAGAUAUCUCCAUCAGAAGAAGAGCUUUGGAACUUUCGUUUGGUAUUAUAAAUGAGCAAAACAUACGCGUUAUGGCAAGAGAGAUAUUAUCCUUUUUAGAGAAUUGUACCAAUCAAGAGUUGAAAUCGUAUGUUACCUCGCAGCUCACGAUUGCAGUGAGUAAAUACUCACCUAAUGAAAAGUGGCGUUUUGAUACUUUAGUACGGACACUCAAGGCCGGCGGUAAUUGCGUGACUCCAGAUAUAAUAUCCAACAUCCUCGCAUCGAUAUUGCAGUGCAGUGAUCAAGAGUUGAAGAAACAUAUUGUUGCAAAAUUGUUAGCUGCGUGCUUGGAAGAUGGUGAUCAAUAUGGCCUAGCUUUGAUAACGACAUGGACUUUGGGUGAAUAUGGAGAUAUAAUUUUGGGAACGCAAGUUGAAGUAAAAGGUAAGUCAAUCACUGUAGAGGAAUCAGUAAUCAGUGAUUUGUUUGAUACUUUGCUUGUCAAUUCUAUAUAUACGGACCAAGAAUUGGUGCAGUUGACCGCUUUUAUAUUAACAGCUACGUUGAAAUUAUCUAUCAAAUUCAAAAAUCCAAAAGUCAUUGAACACUUGAGGCAAAUAAUCAACUCAAAAACAUAUGAUCUGAAUCUUGAAAUUCAAAUCAGAGCCGUGGAGUAUCAAGAGAUUUUUGGCCAGGAUGCUGUUUUGAAAAGAGGUUUACUCGCGAGAAUGCCUCCACCACCAAUAAAAGAAAGAGAAUCUUUAACUUUGCAUAAAUCUAAUACCAAUACUUAUUCCACCAACAGCACUACUACCGCGCAAGUGAAUAGAGGCAACAGUGCAUUCUUAAAAGGUGCUGCGUCUCGACAAGAUAACUUACUAUUGGAUUUAUUUAACACUGAAGAUGAUGGACCUAAAACCACUACCCAAAAUGACGUUCUUUCUGAUAUAUUCGGUAAUAGUAGUGGUAGUAGUAGCAGUACUGCUGCAACCACUACUACUACUGCUACAUCUACUACAGUGCCUUCUUCAUCAGCAAUUAAUGUGUUUGAAAACUCCAAUAUCAAAGUUGUGUUUGUGCCACGAGAUUUUGCCGGUAAUGGCGAGGCCACUAUCGAAGCAGUGGUUACUUCCAAUAAUUCACACUCAAAGAUUGAACAAGUUCAAUUAUUGAUUGCGGUGCCCAAGACACAAAAAUUGAAUAUUACAUCUACUUCGGGAAAAGGUUUCUUGGUAUAUGGAAAAGAUCAAAUUAAUCAAAUUUUAAAAAUAGUCGGUAGGCCAGGAGCCAAGCUCAAGCUAAGAGUGAAAUUGAAAUAUAAAAUUGAUGGCGUACCAACUGAAGAUCAAUUUGAUUUUGCCGGAUUUGAAAAGACUUUGUAA